UCCAGCAGAGGAGCAGAAGAAGAAGCCGCUCCUUCGUCACUUUAUCCGCCUGAACACAGCUCGUCUCCGGCAACAGCCUCCGGAAACACCCGGCCCAUCACAGCUCGUCUCCGGCAACAGCCUCCGGAAACACUCGGCCCAUCACAGCUCGUCUCCGGCAACUGCCUCCGGGAACACCCGGCCCAUCACAGCUCGUCUCCGGCAACAGCCUCCGGGAACACCCGGCCCAUCACAGCUCGUCUCCAGCAACAGCCUCCGGAAACACCCGGCCCAUCACAGCUCGUCUCCGGCAACAGCCUCCGGGAACACCCGGCCCAUCACAGCUCGUCUCCGGCAGCAGCCUCCGGGAACACCCGCUCCCCCGCCGGCCUCCAGCAGCCUCGGGCGAUGGCGAGGCCGAGCCACAGCGACCACGUCCUCCAGCAGCUCAACAACCAGCGCGAGUGGGGCUUCCUGUGCGACUGCCUCAUCGCCAUCGGGGACAUUUACUUCCGGGCGCACAAGGCCGUCCUGGCGGCCUGCAGCUCCUACUUCAGGAUGAUGUUUAUCCGGGACCAGCAGGGGACGGGCCGGCUGGACCUCAGCAACAUGCAGAUCAGCGCCGAGUGCUUCGACCUCAUCCUGCAGCUCAUGUACCUGGGACGCAUCGUGGUGGGCAGCUACGAGUUUGAUGAGCUCAAGUCGUCCAUGGCGUACCUGCAGAUGUACUACAUCCCUGACUCGCUGGAGGAUCUCAGGGACAUCAGGAGCUCCAACCUCACGCCGUCCUCCUCUGCCUCCUCCUCCUCCUCCUCCAGCUCCUCCACCGGCGCCGCUAGUGGGAAAAUGAUGUUUGGAGUUCGCAUGUAUGAGAAGCAGAAGCCUGCUGCACCGGAAGCGGAGCACUUACCGAAACCUGUCAGCAGCGGCGCCGGACGUCCGGCUGUCCCGGCAACCGUCCCCAGGCCCGUGGUGGUGGAGGAGGAGGCGGUGAACACGCCUCUGAUCGCGGCCCCCCCAGCUGUGGACGGAGCAGUCGAGCAGCCAUGUGACUUGAGGAAGAGGUCCAGCGGCAGAGGUUCAACUCUCAAAGACCGACCUCGGUUCGGCCGCACCUACACCUGCGAUGACUGCGGCUUCGUCUUCAGCUGUGAGAAGCUUUUAAUCGAGCACAUCCUGACCUGCACCAACCGGAAGGCCUACCAUCCUCCCAGAGGUCACGCAGAGGGCGACAACGAAUCCAAUAAAGCUGAAAGCUCUGCAUCUGAGAGCGUUGAGGAACACAGGCUUCACUGUAAAGGCGAGGAGGAGUGGCCAGAGGCCAAGGACAACUCUGACCUCGCCAUCAGGUCGGUGGCAGCUGGGACCGAUGGCGAGCCCCGGUCCACUGGGAGCAUCUCCAUCAAGACCGAACCUGAAGAAAUCCUGUUCCCUGAAAUAGAAGAGGUCCGAGUCGGCGAGCGUGCCAAGAGAGACUGUAGCUCCAGGUUUAAUGACGUCACACAUAAAGACCCGUUGAGGGAGGGGCCGGGGUCGGACCGGGAGCCCAAGCCCAACGUCUCGGGCCUGGAGAACAGCAGCGAGCCUUCUGAAGUCCACGUGUCCAGCUGCGACGACUCGGGGAUUCCUGUGAAACUUCGUAAAGUUAAAGACGAGAAGCAAGAGGCCGACGCCCCCUGUGAGCUCUGUGGCGCUCUGUUAACGGAGGAGGACCAGUCGGCCCACUACCUGUCCAACCACAUGGGCCACAUAUGUGCCUGCGGACGCUGCGGUCAGGUGUUGAUCAAAGGGCGGCAGCUUCAGGAGCACGCGGAGCGCUGUGGAGAAUCACAAGGUGGUGAGUCGGACUCCUCGCUGCUGGAGGAGCCGCAGGGGAUGGAGGAGGGGCUGCUGGAGGCCGGCGACCUGGCCUGCCCUCACUGCGGCCUACUCUUCCAGAAUGAGGGCGUGGCGCUGGAGCACGCCUUGUCCUGCCACGACCAGGAGCUGUUCCGCCCGGUGCUGAUGGAGGAGGGCGCCGAACCAGAUCACCGCCGCAAACACUUCUGCAGCAUUUGCGGAAAAGGCUUCUACCAGCGCUGCCACCUGCGGGAGCACUACACCGUCCACACCAAGGAGAAGCAGUUCACCUGCCAGACCUGCGGGAAGCAGUUCCUGCGGGAGCGCCAGCUCCGCCUCCACACAGACAUGCACAAAGGCAUGGCGCGCUACGUGUGUCCGGUCUGCGACCAGGGAACCUUCCUCAAGCACGACCACGUCCGACACAUGAUCUCCCACCUGUCCGCAGGAGAAACCAUCUGUCAAGUUUGUUUCCAGAUCUUUCCUGGUGGAGAGCAGCUGGAAAAACACAUGGACGUCCACCUGUACAUCUGCGGCGUCUGUGGCGAGAAGUUCCGCCUCCGUAAAGACAUGAGGAGCCACUAUAACUCCAAACAUACCAAGAGACUAUAGAAUCAUCCUUAACAUCCUCUUAUUCUAGUUUAUGACCCAAGAAAGCCAUAACUGUGAGAACAAACGUAUGCACUUGAACCCCAAAAAUCUUAAUCUGCACUUUUAAAGUAUAUGCAUAACCCAUGCGCUCGUACUGCGAAAGCAGCCGGGCUUUUAUUUUGAUAAGAUGCCGUGGAGGUCACAUGUUCACAGCUUUAAGUCUGGACAAUCUGAGUAGUCACACUCUUAAAGACCCCCAAAGACCCCCAACUGUUUAUUCCUGUACCGUCCAGUGUCAACCAAUCAUUUCAACACUAGAAUGCACCAAAGUCACCUUGGCAGGUGGAAAGAGACAGAAUGGACCACAGGUCUGCUGGCCUGUCCAGGAAACUCCCAUCAUGCAUCUGUCCCAGUGUGAGCUGCUGGUAUCACCAGCAGUGAGGGAGAGAAACGUUUACUGUCAGGAAAAUGUUUACGUUUUUUAGCUCUGAUGUCCCAGAAUCCUAAAAUCUGAAGAUGAACGUUGCAAGUUUUUCUUUCUGGAGGAAUAAGAUUCUAUUUGCUGAUUCUGUGAUUGGUGCCUUUGCUACAACAGCUGGAGCUGCAGUGCACGUCUGUUUCUUUACUGUCUUCUUCAGUGAUGCAUGAUGGGGGAUGGGUGGGAUACUCCCCAGGUGAAAGAUUAUAAAGAAGUUAAACACUAGCCAUGAUGUUCUGAUUACUGUCUGACAUCUUGACUUCCUUUCUCCUGAUGAGUCGUAACGCUGCUUUCAUCAAGGUCGUCGAGCUUCACAUGUCAUCACUUCCUGUUUAUAUAAACAACUUUCACAGCAUAAAGAAUCCUAAACCAACACUUCAGACCAUCCCGACUCCUGAAGGUCACAACUGUCGCACACAGUUCACAUUCAGUCUAAACCAUUUCUAACCCAAACCAGUUCCAAACUAAACCAGGUCCAAGCAACUCUAACCAGAUCAGAAAACGUCAACUAGUCUCUGAAAUCCCAAACCAGGUUCUGACUGACCCAAACAAACCAAGGCACUUUAGAGUCGCUCAAUGCAAGAGGACUUUAGCUGAAUCCAGUUCAGAAUCCACCGAUACCAGUUCAAUCAAAUGAAGUUUAGUGAAUCCCAGGCUACUUCAGACCAGACCAGAUCCGCCCUCUUCUGGCUCAGUACUGAACAUACAAGUGUCGUCAUUAGACUCGAGGUUUCGCCUCAUGUCGGCGUCAAGUUUCUGAUGUUUUAGGAAAAUGUCUGAUGUCUGGAAAAUAAAACGCCUUUUUCUUCAGUUCUUAAUAAACAAAGUGUCUCGCUCCUCA